AUGGGGAUAUCCAGCAUGAGAGCUGUCAAUCAAGGAUGGGCAUUAUUGCAACAUAGCCUUGCUUUUGCAAAGCAUCCAGUGCGCUCAUUGACACAGAAGCAGCUGCUGUUGCUGCUGCUGCUGCUGCUGCUGCUGCCAUCAUCAACUUUAAGACGCUGUAGUUCAGGAACGGGAAGCAUGGUAGCUUGUGACAUUUUCGCUCGCGUGCGUGUGGAUGGUGUCAUUGUUUGCCGGAUGAUCCAGAGGACAGGUUGGUGUCAUCCCUCGUUACUCUCCUCGGUGCUGGAAGGUGGUGCUUGUACUCUCCUCGCAGCUGACUCAAGUCAGUCUCUGCCAAGUGGUGCUUUCGGUCUGACAGAGACAACGCCUCGCCACCUGCUGCGGCUCAAAGUCUGA